AACAUAUCAUCUUUGGUCGGCACCUACAGUUGACGUUCCUCUCAGCCGUUGGACAGACAGCUCGUACGCUGGGCUGUGCCUGCCCGUGGCUGAUCCGAGCAGUAGUCGUCGUGGUUCUCCACUUAGCUCGUUAGCUGUGUAUUUUUUUUCCUCAGAAGACGUAGGCUGUACAGAAACAUCAGGGUCCUUUUUGUGAGUAGCACUUUUUCUCCCUCCUCCCUUUUCCUAGUUUUUCUUUUUGUUUAAUUGAUUUUGGUGCGGAGAGAACAACUUUGCCAUCACAAUAACCGCUUGUUUUGAUGGUCUGGGGUCAGUCUGUACCCACUGACGGACACAAGCCUUGUGGGUCUAUCAGAUCCCAGGUGGAAACAUGAGCACAGCCAAGCCCAGUGGGAUCAAAGUGCCCAGCAAGAUAGCUAAGCCAUCUGGGACAGCAGCCCCCAAGACCAACACCAGCACAGCGGGAGCUAAAGUUGCUGUGGCCGACAAAUCAGCUGCAAGUGCCAGUGGAGGAGAUGCCGAGGGUGCUGGGGAGAACUUCCAGAUUGGGGAGCGAGUAUGGGUGAAUGGGAAUAAGCCAGGCUACAUACAGUUUUUGGGAGAGGCACAGUUUGCCCCAGGACAGUGGGCAGGGAUUGUUCUAGAUGAGCCAAUUGGGAAGAAUGACGGGUCAGUGGCAGGGGUGCGCUACUUCCAGUGUGAAGCCCUGCGAGGAAUAUUUACCCGCCCAUCCAAGUUGUCUCGUACAGAAGGGGAGGCUAAUGGAACUCAGACCGCACCACCCUCCCGCGCUGCAUCACCCACUCCUUCAGUCGGUAGCGUAGCCUCGCAUACACCCACCACAAAAUCAACAUUACCCUCAACUACCAUGGCAGCCAAGAAGGCCUCCUCCACUACGCCAGCUACGCCAGCUACACCAUCUUCCAACCUUGCACGUACGAACAGUGAAUCUGUCUCCAACCUCUCAGAGACUGGAUCAGUCAAGAAGGGCGAAAGGGAACUGAAGAUGGGUGACCGUGUAUUGGUUGGUGGUACAAAGGCAGGAGUGGUACGUUUCCUUGGAGAAACAGAUUUUGCCAAAGGCGAGUGGUGUGGUGUGGAAUUGGAUGAGCCCUUAGGAAAGAAUGACGGGGCAGUGGCAGGCACAAGAUAUUUUCAGUGCCAACCCAAGUAUGGCUUAUUUGCUCCAGUGCACAAAGUCACACGCAUUGGCUUCCCUUCAACCACGCCAGCCAAAGCAAAAACAACAGUUCGGAAAGUAGUGGCCACACCAUCAGGACUAAAGCGAAGCCCUAGUGCCUCCUCCAUCAGUACCAUGAGCUCUGUGGCAUCCUCUGUCAGCGCCAAGCCCAGCCGCACAGGCCUGCUAACAGAGACAUCAUCACGGUAUAAUCGUAAGAUUUCAGGCACCACAGCCCUACAGGAGGCGCUGAAGGAGAAGCAGCAGCAUAUUGAGCAGCUGAUGGCUGAGAGGGACAUGGAGAGAGCUGAGGUUGCCAAGGCUACUGGCCAUGUUGGAGAGAUGGAGCAAGAAAUGAGACUGCUCAGGGAUGAUCAGGAGCAGAUGGAGGCUAAGAUGGACCAGUUACGUGCCUUGGUAGAAGCUGCAGACAAAGACAAAGUCGAGCUGCUGAAUCAGCUGGAGGAGGAGCGUAGGAAGGUGGAGGACCUUCAGUUCCGUGUAGAGGAAGCUUGCAUUACCAAAGGAGACCUGGAGACGCAGACCAGACUGGAGCAUGCCCACAUUAAGGAGCUUGAACAGAGCCUGCUCUUUGAAAAGACCAAAGCUGAGAAACUCCAAAGAGAGUUAGAAGACACUAGGGUUGCUACUGUGUCGGAAAGAUCCCGUAUUAUGGAGCUUGAGAGGGACCUUUCACUGCGAACAAGAGAGGUAGCUGACCUGCAGCUGCGUCUUGGGACCCAGCACGGCUCUGAGGGCUCAAACUCCACUCUUUCUCCCCUUCUGGAAGAGAUAAACUCGCUGAGGGAUCAGUUGGCUUCUCAAGAAGCUAAGCAGCAAGAAGAGCUGGUGAAAUACAAGGAGAAGUUAGAAGCUCAAGAAAAGACCCACACUGAGGCAGUUGCCCAGCUUCAGGCUACAUUGGUAAGGCUCUCUGGUGAGAACGAGCAAAUGCAGAUGCGCUUAAGCCAGGCUGAGAAGGAGAAUGCUGACAGUAUUGAACUCUGGCGUUCCAAGUUGGAGUCUGCCGCUGCCUCUCACCAGCAGGCCAUGGAUGAGCUGAAGGUGUCCUUCAGCAAAGGCGCAGGUGCCCAGACAGAAGAACUUAUAGAAACCAAAAGUGCACUAGAGAGGCUGAAGUUAGAGCACAAGUUGGCUCUAGAGGAGGCUGGAGCCAAACAUGAAGCUAAUGCCACAGUUUGGACUCAGGAGAUGCAGGCACUAAAGGCACAACUGUUGUCUUUGACUGAGGACAAGGAGCGACUGGAGGAGUCACUACGGUUCAGCGUUGAAAAAGCAGAGGAGCAGCACCUUGUGGAGAUGGAGGAUGUUCUUGGAAAGCUUCAUGCUGCCGAACUUAGGGUAAAGGAGCUUGAGGAGAAAGAAGCAAUGUUGGCACAACAAGCCCAAGACAAGGAUGGAGAAAACAAAAAGCAGAUGGCAGAACUUGUGGCUCUGCGCAGCCAAGUAGCACAAGGUAACCAGGAGCUUGUGACCUUGAAGAGUCAAUUAGAGGUGGUUAAGAGCCAAGGAAACAACCAGGGUGCCAAGGUUAGUGAAUUGAACUCUCAGUUGGAGGGCCGACAGCAGGAAGUCCUCUCUUUACAGCAGAGUCUGACCACUGUACAGCAGGAAAAAGACACCCUGGAACAGGCGCUUGGAGGCCUGAAACAAAAGUUGUCUGAAAGCACAGAGGAGCAGACAAAAUCAGCAAAAACUAUGCAAGAAACACUUGAGAAGCUCAGUAAGAAGGAAGAGCAGUGCACAUCCCUGACCACAGAGUCAGAGUCUCUAAGAACUCAACUUGCCGGGCUCGAGAGAAAGCUGAAGGCUGCAGAUGAAAAGCUUGAGCAGCUUUCAAAGGACAAAAGCAAGUUGGAAAAUGAUAUUUCAGACAUGAUGAAGGCAUCUGGUGAUAGUUCAGUACAGCUGACCAAAAUGAAUGAAGACCUCAUGCAGAAAGAAAGGAGGCUUGAGGAGUUACAGAGUCAACUAGUAGAGGAGAAAGAGAAGGUGGCACACUUCAAUGAACAACUCCAGCAGGAACAGUCCCGCAAAGAGCAGGAGCUGAAAGAGACCAGAGAUACACAUCAGUCUCAAAUAAGUAGCCUUCAGGAGAAGAUUGUUAACUUGGAGAAGACUGUUAAACAGGGUGAGACCCUGGUUGAGGAGCUAAAGGCCUCACAAGAGAAAUCCUUCUCUCAGGCCUCAGAGCUCCACGCGAAGGAACUUGAGGUGCUCCAGAGUCAGGUUGACAAGUUGAAGCAAGAGCUCUCCUCCUCCACGGACAAAACCCAGGAGCUGGAGAAGUUGGUGUCUGAGCUGCAGCCAUACAAAGAACAGGCUCAGUGUCUUUCUUCUGAGCUUGACUCCUACAAGCAUGAUGUUGAACAUUUGUCCAAAAAACUGGAAAAGCAGAGUCUAGAUCUGGAAAAUUUGUGUAAAGAAAGUGCGGAUGUUAAGGUUGAGAAAUGCAAACUGGAGAAACGGCUUUCAGAUUUGCAGACUAAGCUCUCUGCUUUUGAGAUUAGUCAUCAGGAGCUUUCAGUCCAGAAUGAAGAACUGCUAAUAACCAGAGAUAUAUUUUCAAAAAAUCAAGAGGAACUACUGGCUAACAAGAAGUGCUCAGAUGAAGAAAGGACUUCAUUGAACGAGGAGUUGGAGAAGCUCAGAGGUCUUCUUCAGGAAGUACAGACUGAAAACCAAAACCUGAAGCAUGCUAAAGGUGAACAUCAGGCCCAAAUUGAGGAGCUUCAAAGACAAAAUGCAGAGAAGAAUGACCUGCUCCUAAAGCAUCAGCAGGACAUCCAGCAAAUUGAGGCUAAAAAGAAGCAACUACUUGAGGAUUAUGAAAAUGUCUGCAAAGAGAGGAUCCGACUUGAAGACGACCUCAAUGAAAGCAGGUCAAUGCUCACAUGUGAGAAGGACAAUCUAAUUUUAGAGAGAGAUGCUGCUAGAAAUGCCAAAAAAUCUCUUGAUGCUAAGAAUGCUGAGUUGCAGGCAAAACUUAAGUCCUUGAACUUAGAAAAAGAAGAUCUUACAAUGAAGAAUACCCAGCUGCAGUCCCUCACGGAUACACUGACAAAAGAGAAGGUGGAGAUGUCUUCUGAAGUCAGUGCUGCUGUGUUGGAUAAAAAGAGCCUUGAGACAGUGAAGGAGGAGCUCCAGAACAAGCUCAGUGUCACAAAGAAAGACUUAGAGAACUCUGUCCGUGAAUGUGAAGAACUUAAAGCCUCAAAAAUGAGCCUGGCCCAGAUGCUGGAAGAGUUCAAGACAAGCAGUCAGGUGACUGAUUCUGAGAGGCUUCACCUUCUGCAGGAGAAAGAAGACUUACUUGCGAUCCAAAGAAAAGUCUGUAAUGAGAAGGAAGAGCUUCUCAGAGAGAUAGAAGAAUUAAAGGAGAAGCUUCAAGUUUCAACAGUACAACUGUCUCAGUCCAACGAGAAAUUUAAAGAAGCGUUAUCAUCUUUUGAGCAAGAGAAGCAAGCAUUUCACCUUCAGAAUUCUGAAACUGAGAUGGCUCUACAUGCUUUACGAAAAGAAAAGAUGAGCUUGGAUUCAGCACUAGAGCAGCAGAAAAUGGAUUAUGAGCGUUUGGUAGGGGAGAAGGGAGAAUUAGAAGAGAAGCACACAAAAGCCGUAUCUGAGAAAAACGCUCUUUCUCUAGAGCGUGAUAAGCUAGCUAGUGAUAACCGAACAACUAAGGACCAGUUGGACAGUUACUCCAGAGAUAAUGCCGUCUUUAUUCAAGAGAAGUCUCAUUUAACAACAAUGCUAGAGGAAACCAAACGGCAAAAAGACGAGAUUGAAGCAGAGAUGACCUCUUUGAAACGAGAAAAGGCUGAACUACAAAAUGAACUGCAGAAGCGUAACUCUGAUAUUGAAAUUCUUGAAAAGGGCAAAACUGAACUUGUUAAAGAGCAUAGUAAACUAAAGAUGGAUUUUGAGAAGGGUAAUUUAGAAUUUGUUCAAAAGAUUGAUAACCUUACUAAAGAUUGUCAGCGUCUGCAAUCGUUGCAGACUGAGGCUGACAAAAAAGCGCAGUCCUUGCAGAAAGAGAACCAGGGCUUGCUUCAGGAGAUCCAGGAGUUAAAAUGUCAGACUGAAUCAAUGUCAGAGGCUAAGCACGUUCUUGAGACCCAGCUACAGGCUGAAUCCAGUGAACGGAAUAUAGCGAUAUCUGACAAGGAUGGUCUUUCCAAACAAAUUGAGGAGCUGCAGAAAACAUUGUCCAAAGUUACACAAGAAAAUAAAGAAAUUUCUUCUAACCUUAAGAAUGCUGAUGAGCAAAAGAAGUCUUUUAUGGUGGAUAUGGAGGCUUUGAAAACACGAUUAAAGCAGCAAGAGCAAGAAACUAGUCAGUUGGCAGAAGAUAAAGAACAGCUAUUAUCUAAGCUUGAGGAGAUGGGCAAACAGAUGACCUCCCUGACCACAGAGAAGGAGGACCUUUUAACUGGACGGUGUAAAUUGGAGCAGGACAUUUCUUCUCUCCGCACAAGCCAAGAAAAUUCGCUUGUAGAACGGUCAAGACUCCUUGGAGAGUUAGAGAAGUUGCACGCUAACCAGAAACAACUAGAGGUUGAUGUCAAGGGCCUACAAACUGAUUUGGAAAAGCAAUUCCAGAAUGCUGCCGCUGUGAAAGAAGAGCUUUCCUCCAGCAUCUCAAAUCUAACAGCUCAGAAGGAUGCCCUGCAGGUGGAGAGGGAUGAAGCCGCCCAGCAAGUCAGGCAGCUCGAGUCCCAACUAAAAAAUGCCAUUUCUAAGCAGCUUGAGGCUUCAGAGGCCUCUGGCAAGAGUGCUGAGGUUCUCGAACAGCUGACAAAAGAGAGAGCCAGUUUGAUGCAGGAGAAGAACGAAGCUCAAUUUUUACUGGUAGAGCUCCAAAGCUCCAAGCAGGAGGUGGAGACCCAGCUAAAAAAAUUGAAGGAAGAGAAUUCCAAGUACCAAGAAGUUCUGAAUGUAUCCAAAGAGCAGCUUUGCACAGAAACCCAGAGGACUAAGAGUCUGUGCCAGGAAAUUGAGGAGCUUAAAGAAGCAGUUUCUGUGAAGACACAGUCCCUGCAGAUGCUGCAAGAUGAGAACAACAAGCUGACUCAGGAGCUUGAUAACAGUCACAAAGGCCAGAGUGAUCUUGUGAAGCUCAAGGAUGAGCACUCAAAACUCAAAAAACACUUGAAGGAGUUGAAGCAAAGCCUGCCCAAUAAUGCCUUGAGUGAGAGCACCUUGAAGGAGCAGUUUGAUAAGGAGAAGGCCGCCCUCAAACAGUCCAUCCAUAAAAACAGUGCCUUAAUUUCAGAAAAGGACCAGCAGGUGGAACACCUGAGGAGCGAGCUGGCUGUACUGCGUGGGGAAAGUGCCUCAGUUAAAACACUGCAGGGUACAAUUCAGGCCUUGGAGCAGGACAAGGCUAAUCUACAGGAGCGUGUUCAGAGACUGGAGAAGGACCUGGCUGCAGGGCCUGACACCAUCAACACGUCCUCAGGUGAUGCAGUUUUGGACCAACUAAGGGAGGAUAAGGAGACUGCAGAGAGUCAGGCAGCGAUUGAGUUCCUGAAUUCAGUCAUUGUUGACCUCCAGAGGAAGAACAGGGAACUCAAGGACAAAUUGGAGACAAUGGCAGCUGCUGCUCUCAAUGGGAAUAAUCAAAAUGAGCUGGAUAACUAUGAUAGCCAUGACAAGGAACCUGUGAAGAAGAAGCCUCCCCCAAGGCUGUUCUGUGACAUCUGUGACUGCUUCGACCUCCAUGACACCGAGGACUGUCCCACACAAAUGCAGAUGCCCGACUCCCCUCCACACACCACCUACCAUGGCAAUAAGGGCGAAGAGCGGCCCUACUGCGACAUCUGUGAGGUCUUUGGCCACUGGACCGAAUCCUGUAAUGAUGACCAGACCUUUUGAAGCCUUUUUCACCCUCGUUCGCACAAUCACUAUAUUUGCACAUCAUGUUAGAUCAUGCGGUGCUUUUGGGUUUUGGUUUAUAUGUAUGUGUGCAUUUCGUGUGCUUGUUUUUUCCAAGCGUCUUUAUUGUCCAUGCCAGUCCUUAAGCGCUCUUAUAGGGGAAUGGUCUCCUCAGAAUCUCUUUCCAAAAAUUCAGACAUCCAGAAAAAUAAUAUACAGCAAUUUGUAUUUGUUAUUGUAAAUGACUUUGGAGGAAAAAUGGUUGAUAUCCUGGGUUUGUGUGAGUGAGAAGAUACUGUAGGUGGAUGUAUCACUGCGAGAGAAGCGAUGGUCUUCUUCAGAUCAUUUAAUUUAUCAAUAUCCUAACAUUGUUUGCACAGCUUGUUGGGGGAUUACAAAGAAAAUAUAAUAUCAUAAAAGGUGUUUAUUUGAAACUGUAAAUGACUUGAUUGAAAAACAAAUGUCAGUUUGCGUAAGAAUUGGUGCGCUAUAGUUUAUUUUUUUAUGCCUGGAAAUACUAUGUACUCUUUAAUGGUUUGAUAGUAUGUGUGUAAUUUUGUGAAGGGUAAUCACGGGGGAGAGAUUUGCUUGCUCUUGCCUGGAGUGGAGCAGUGAAACCCAGUGCUAUUUGGCUUUAAUAAGAACAUUUUUUAUGGUCUUCAUGAAGGAACUGCUAGAUGAUUGGUAAGGACAGAGGCAGUGAAACUUCAAGCAUUUCACACUUACUGUAACCCCUCAGAUCCAGUGAAAGGGCCUUUCCAAAAAGUUUCUUUGCAAUUAAAAGAUAACUAUAUGUAUGAAACAAUGAAAUACAUAAGCAUUUCUUUAAAAAUGUUUUGGAUAUCUGUAUAAAAAUAAAUUAAAUUUAUGUAUAAAUUAAAAAUCAAA